GCGAAUCGGUAAUGAUGAAGAGGGUUUCCUUUAGUCAUUGUGAAAGUAGCGGCCUAUUCUUAGCAGGGUUCACACCUACCGUCGCUGGGACUGAAGCACUCGAGUCAUUGCAGGUGCUUUGUGGCUGAAUGGGGAGGCGGCUACUGUUGAGCUGUGCUAAGUGCUGUUUAUAUAAACUGAGCCACACCAGUGUACACAUUAUCACUUGGAGUCGGAUCAAGCACCAUUCUACGGCUCGUCCUUGGAGAAAGCUGUUGAAGACAAAUAAAUUUAUCAAACCUAUGUUAUCAUGGCCGUUCCUGCAAGGCUCAGCUUUACUGUGAGGAGUAUUUUGGAUUUACCAGAAAAUGACAGCGAGAGCGCAGCGCAUCUUUUGCCACUGCACCCGCUCUCUGGCUCUCCUUUCUCAUCCUGGCCAGACAGCGACAGAGGCCACUGCAUGUCCUCGGAUGAGAGCAAUCUGGAGGCGUCCCCUGACUCCACAGGGACUAAUGAUCCCCCUGCUGAGGCAGAUCAGGAGAAGAAGAAGAAACGCCGUGUGUUGUUCUCCAAGGCCCAGACCUAUGAGUUGGAGAGACGCUUCCGGCAGCAACGCUACCUGUCUGCUCAGGAGCGCGAGCAGCUUGCGCACUUCCUCCGCCUCACCCCAACACAGGUCAAGAUCUGGUUUCAGAACCACAGGUAUAAGAUGAAGCGAGCGCGGGUCGAGUGUAUCCAGGAUUGCGGUCCUCUUCCGGUGCUGCGCAGGGUCGUGGUGCCGAUUCUAGUGCGGGACGGUAAACCAUAUCAAACGUGCAUUGGCGAGAAAGAAAAGGGAGGCUGCGUGGUUCCUCCAUCAUCCUGCGGUCCUCGAGGGUUCCAACCUUUUCAGCCAUCAACUUUUGCGCUUCUACCGCAGUAUCAGCACUUUACAAACCCAACAACCUCCACGCACCCUUUCAUUUGGUGA